GACGACGAGUAGUCAGUGAGGUAGAGUGAAGAAGCUGAAGAUCUUGAAACCUGGGAGAAGGACGACAAAACAAAGCUUAUAGUGACCCAGUGGUUUAAGUUGUUACCUAGAUGACCAGGAAGACGUGAAUGGAUGUAAGAGAAGCCACAAUCAGUGUGAAACAUCUGCAGGAGAAUUCUUGGCUCUAACUGGGACAAGAUUGAAUGGCAAAGAACUUGUAGCAGUUGGCAUGGCAACACAUUUUGUUCCUCUUGAUAAAGUGUGGGCUCUUAUGCCACGGCUUGCGCGUUUAGACUCUGGAGACACGGAUGUAGUCCGAUCCACAAUUGAAGAGUUCUCCGAGAAAGUAGACCUCGACGAAGACAGCAUCCUUAACAAGCAGUCAAUAAUUGAUGCGUGUUUCUCAAAAGAAAGUGUGAAGCAGAUCAUACAAGCAUUUGAAGCUGAAGGGAGCAAAGAAGGAAAUGAGUGGAUAACUCCAAUCCUCAAACGUCUAAAAGAAUCAUCUCCCACAGCAUUGAAAAUAAACCUACGAUCGAUACGCGAAGCUAGGAAUCAAACACUGGGUGAUUGCCUCAAGAAGGAGUUUAGGAUCACCGUUAAUAUCAUGAGGAGCACCAUAUCCAUUGACGCGUUUGAGGGUGUAAGAGCUCUGACCAUAGCCAAAGACAACUGUCCCAGGUGGAAUCCAGCGACGUUGGAUGAGGUAGAUGACGAGAAAAUCAAGUUGGUGUUUAAGCCCUUGGAGGAUGAUCUUGAGCUACGUAUCCCUGAAACCGAAGAGAACAGGUGGGAAGGCAAAGCCGAGACUUCAGGUUUUGCAUCAGUACGAGGAUAAAAAGAAAAAGUAGAGAAGAGAACAGAGGAUCCUGUGUGUUGUGUUUAUUUUAACUGCCAAGAUGUUAUGCUAUAUUAUUACCUAAUGUGUUGUUGCUACAUGUUCAAACACUCUAUGCAGUGAUGUUUUAAUAAAGGGUUGUUAUGUCUG